AUGGGUUCACCAUUCGACAUCAACGGCGGCGCCUGUGUGGCCAUGGUUGGCAAAGACUGCGUUGCGAUAGCCUGUGAUCUCCGACUCGGUCUCCAAGCUCUCACCGUCUCGAACGAGUUCCCCAAGAUCUUCAACUAUGCUCCAUCCACAUACCUAGGUCUCACCGGCCUAGCCACAGACGUCAACACCGUAUCUCAGCUGCUACGCUACAAAGUCAAUCUCUACCGUCUUCGGGAGGAGCGAAACAUCUCCCCCCAGACGCUGGCUAAUUUGGUCAGCUCAAGUUUGUACGAGAAGCGAUUCGGACCAUUCUUCGUCAGCCCGGUUCUGGCGGGAAUAAAUCAUACCACUGGGAAACCCUUCGUAUGUGGUUUCGACAGCAUCGGAUGUAUCGAUUUUGCGAAGAACUUCAUUGUCAGCGGGACAGCGAGCGACCAGUUGUACGGAACCUGUGAAUCGCUGUGGGAGCCAGAUCUUGAACCCGAGGACCUUUUCGAGACCAUCUCUCAAGCGCUAUUGAACGCUGUUGACCGUGAUGCCCUUUCCGGUUGGGGUGCGUACGUGUACAUUAUUGAGAAGGACAAGGUUACGAAGCGGAAGCUGAAGGGACGACAAGAUUAG